GUGACUCUCACGUGUUCUCCCCAAGAUGGCGGAGCGCAGUUGCCACACUGCCGGUGCACUGUUCCCGCCCUCCGCCCUGUCAUGCACAGGAAGUGCUUCCUGACACCGAUCCCAGCAGCUGUAGAUUCCCAAGCCACUACUCCACCGAGCAGACGCCUGUGUACAUCUAUAUAGACUAUUUUGGGAGUAGCAAGAUGGCGCCUGCGGCCGCUGCGCUGGGUGGAGUGACGCACUUCCUGCGAGGGGCCCACUAGUCCUGAGAGUACUGCGCGGUGAGUCAGUGAGAGCCGGAGCGGCAGCGGGAAGACAUGGCGGAGACCGAUAGCUGGGAGGUAGACGACUUUGAACCAGAAGAACCUGUUCUAAAGGGUGGUCCGAUAACUGUAAAGGAUCGCUGGGAAGGCGAGGAUGAAGAGGAGGAUGUUAAGGAUAACUGGGAUGAUGAGGAGGAAACGGAAAAUAAGGAACUUGAAAAAACAGUAGAACAGAAAGUCCCUGAAAAGAAAAAAUUAUUGGAAAAAAUAAAAGAAAAAGAGAGAAUAUCUAAAAAGAAACAAGAGGAACUGAAAAAGAGGUUAGAGGAACCUGAAGAACCUGUAAAUUUGUCACCAGAAGAACAAUUAGCAGAGAAACUUCGACUAAAAAAAUUGCAAGAAGAUGCAGACUUAGAGUUAGCUAAAGAAGCUUUCGGUGUAGGCAGUGUUACAGGAAUUGAUGCCAUGAAUCCAUCAUCACGAGAUGACUUUACAGAGUUUGGCAAGUUGCUGAAGGAGAAGAUCACACAAUUUGAGAAAUCACUUUAUUACCCCACCUUCCUAGAAACACUUGUGCGAGAUAUAUGUAUCUCAUUGGAGCUUGAGGACUUAAAGAAGGUAUCAAAUUCCCUAACAGUUCUCUGCAGUGAAAAACAAAAGCAAGAGAAGCAAAAUAAAGCCAAGAAGAAGAAAAAAGGAGUGGUUCCUGGAGGUGGUCUAAAGGCCAAUAUGAAGAAUGAUCUGGCUGAUUAUGGAGGCAUCGAUGAGUCAUAUGGAAGAGAGUUUGAGGACUUCAUGUGACACUCAUUCAAUACUCACGACUCUGAAUGUGAGUGCCCUCUCCCCUCUUCAGGACUCUGCCAAAUGCUACAGUCAAAGAAUUUACGCCCUUCACCCUGCCUGAACAUCAGGACGGGUACAUCUGGAUACAACAGGGUUAAUAAACCCAUAUUACACCCUGCUUACAUGCACUAUAUUUCCUGGCCUGUGAUCUCUACCGCUCUGUUUGUGGCAUACAUGUAAACUUGUGCCAUGUUACAAACAGAGUGGUCUGUGCUUCCCACCCACUUUCCUACCCACUUAAAAGUGCUGGUCUCCUAGUAAGCAUCCUCUCUCCUCAUUGAAUAUUUGCUUAUAUGGUUCUGCCCCAUUAGGUUCUACAUGGCAGUUACUGAGCCUUGUACUUAGCUCUGGCUUGUGCUAAGACUCUCACUCUUGACGCAGCACAGUGCUUUUUUUCAUAUGUUCAAAAUAAAGACUUAAAACCACAUGGAAUUAUCUUGAACUCUGCUACCAUGAACAUACAGGAACCACAGAUGCCUCCAAUUCUGGGGUCAUUUACUGGUCCUCGGAGAGAGACUUAAGCUACCAUAGUGAAUCUGCGUGCCACGUGUGAUGCCCAUGCUGAGAGAUCACAAAUUGAUGGGUCUUUUAACUUUUCGUUUUUUUUUUAAUUUUUUUUUGGGGUGGCUUGAUAUUUAUUUAGUAGCUGAAUAUUGCCGUGGUUUCAAUAUUGGUUAGAUGCUUUCUGACUCUCGCUCAGAGGUGCAGGGUCCGACCCUUUCUCUCAAAUUCUGCUCACUUAAUGGAUGAUGCUUUGCAAGCAGGUCCUUCCAUGGGAGAAUUGUUAUAUUAACAAUGAGACUGCAAUGUUUGUUUUAUAAGACAACUAAUUUAAUAAAUUCAUCCUUGUGACAA